UUAAAAAAGUGCAUUGAGAAAAAUAAUUAAAAGUUUCAGACGUUUUUUCAUUAAGAUUCUUUCCACAGUCUAGAGUGACUACCGAAUAGAUGCUUUAACAAUAUCAAUUGUUGAUGAAAACAGUCAAGAAAACUCUUCUUAUGAACCCACGCGAGGGUGGUACGGCAAUGCGACCAGGAGAAGGAGGUGUAGCAAUGAUUGAAGAAGAUGGAAGAUCCUUCCAACAUACUUCCAACCGCCUUGAGAUCUUUAUUAAUGACGAGGGUGGGAAGGCAGCCAAGGUUUCGAAAGUUGGAAAUCUAGAAGCCGAUGUAAAACCAACAUUGCCUUCGAAGACAGAGUUGCAGAAGGGGAUGGACCAAACAAGAGACCCGCAAAAAAAUACAGAUGAAUGUAUAAUGUCAUUUUCUCGUGGUAUUUCUGUAGAAACGACUAGAGGGAGAGAAAAUCAUUUUGAGCCACAUUCUCCCAUGAUUCUUUCCACUCCUCAACCUCCACCACACAAUCCUCCUUCAACUCAACCUCUACCACAUCACAACCCACAUUCCACUCAACCUCUACCACACAAACCUUCUUCCACUCAACCUCUACAAUAUAACCCUCCUUCCACUCACUCACUACCACUCAAACCGUCUUCCACUCAACCUCUACCACACAACCUUCCUUCCACCCAUCCUAUGCCACACAACCUUCCUUCCACCCAAUCUCUACCACACAACAUUCCUUCAACCCAUCCUAUACCACACAACCCUCCAUCCAAUCAACCCAUACCACACAACUCAGAAUUGCCGUGUGGUAUAUUCCAAAGUGGAGGGGAAGUUGAGUCUAGUCCAGGUCCUCCAAACUUAGUAUGUGGACCUCCUUAUACUCUCUCUGUACAAGGUCCAGGGUAUCCGGGUCCUUCCCAACCACCAGGUUCUUCCGGUCAUCCUUCUAAUUUACAAGGUCUAAAUCUAAAUAAUCCGUGUCAUGUCCUUGGAACUCCAAACCAUCCUAUUCAUCAUCUAGUUCCUAUGAAUCAUCCUAAUCAUCAACUAGUUCCUCUACAUCAUCCUGCCACUACAACAUGUAAAGGAGGACAAGAAAGCUCUCCUCAAGGAUUAGCUUUUCAUCAGGAGACUCCAACUUCUUGGCCAUAUCAGCAUCAGAUUGGAAUGUAUCCUUACAUGUACCCGGGUCAGAGAUAUCAAGGGUUUGAAAAUAGCGCAUAUUGGUAUCGUGGAUAUGGCUCUGAGGAAGGUGGAGAAGGAGGAGAAGGAGGAGGAGGAGGUGGGGAGGGUUCUACUCAAUCUCAAGCAACUUCUACUGGAUUUCAACAUGGGUUAAACACUCCAAUCUAUCCUUGGAUGCGAGAAAGUAAAUCGAGUAGAAGCCAAUACUCACAUUCUUACCAACAGGAACAAUUCAAACUUUUUACAAAUUUGCUUGUUUAUUUGUUACAAUUAACUGCACAUCAAAACAGCUGA